GAAAAAGACAUCCUUGUCCGAUUCUAUCGCCGCGAGACCCUUGUUGAGACCUCUGCAAUUCAAUUCUUGGAAUUUAUUCUCCGUGUCUGGAGAAAUACGCCUUCAUUAUACGAAACUUUUCUUCGGAUUGCAUCCGAAGAUCAUAUUAAAUCCGAAAAAAAACCCCCCAACUUCAAAAAAAAAUGUUCAAUCCCAUCUCGAAGUUUGUUCGGCGCGAUGAUUCUAGCAGCGAUGGACUUUCCCCGUACAUGGUCGAUCUCCUGAUUUCUCUCCUGGUGCUCAUCCUACUCGGUCUCGCCAUGGUCGGUGCGCUUCUUGUCCUGCGCCGCAAGCGCUUGAGCCGGGAACACUCGGAACUUCCUGUACACAACGGGCAAUGCGUGCCAAGCCAUCGUCGAUUCACCGUCUCCGCUUCGCCGAACGCCAAGACCGAGUCCGUUCUGGUCUAUGAUGAAAAGCGCAGCCUCAUCCAGAACUCGUCGAGCCCCCCGCCCAGCCCGGUCCCUGAGAUUCGCAUUACGUUCCCCGAGGAGGAGGAUGAAUCCGGAAAGCGCAAGUCUGGUCGCGUGGUGGUGGUGAGGAUUACCGAUGCUGGCGGUGUGGGCUUGGAGCCCUGCAAUGAGGAGCUCCCGCCGUAUCAGUCCAGCGAUGCGGAGCGAUUCCAGUCGUUGGAUAUCGAGCGCAUGGGGGGACUCAAGGAGAAGGAGGCCACGAAUAGAUGGUCUUAGGAGGAUCCGACUGCUUACGACAACGGUCAUCUGCGCAUUCUUCGAUCGACUGAUACCCCGAAUGACCGACUUCACCUGUUGUCGCACGUGGACGAGAUUCGAAAAGCAUGACGAUAUCCGGCGAAGAUUGCCUCGUUUAUCUCCGUAUUUAGACCCCUUCGCUUCUUAGUACCUUGGCGACUUGCACAUACGCAAAUGCUCUGUCCUGUUUAGCCACCACGCUCGCCGAUUGACCCGGGUUUCAGUAUCUACC